ACGCAAAGGAAGUUUCAUUGGUAGAAGAAAAUGAAGAAUGGUCGACAGUCUUCCCCACCUCCUCUCCGCAUCUGCUGGACCUUCUUCCCCUUUCCCCUCCUCUCUCUCUCUCCUUUUCUCUCAUAAAACAGGAUUGACCCAGUUCAUGAUAAGUCUCAUGGAAGCAAACCCAUAGCCUUUAAGCUGUCGAUAUUCCUGCAUAUCUGAAGUAUUCUCUCUUGUUUUUUUUUUUUAUCCAUGCGAACCCAUCUUCUGUUCAAGAAUUCUACCCCCAGCCAUGGCGAUGAAGAGCAGUAUACAUCUUUUUAGUACCAUUCUUUGGCUCUCUAUCUUGCUUUUAUUCUUUGGGUGGUGCAAUUUGUUCUCCAAGGAGGUUGAUGAUAGCCACCACCACCGGAUGAUAUCAGUUUCUCAUCACACUUUGAGCAACCGCAAAGUGUUGGCUAGCAAAUUCGACUUCACCCCAUUUCUUCACCAUCGACGGCAUCGUCCGAGACACGUUCCGCCCGUCCAGUCCCAACCUGCCGGGGGCAACGAGAUCGACCCACGUUACGACGCCGAGAAACGGCUUGUCCCUACUGGUCCAAACCCCUUGCACCAUUGAGGUUUUCCCCUUGUAUGUUAAUGUAGUUUUGUUUUUGUUUGUGACCAUCUUAUUUAUUUUUCUUCUCAUGAAAUAGGAAAAAGAAGAAUAAAUAACAAUAUGUAAUGAAAUUAUUUGUAUGAAUUCCAUACUUGUUCAAAGUCCAUAAAUCAUAAUUCAUCUAUACUAUUAUCGAGCUAGGAUUUCUCUUCUGUAUAGGUUUGACAUAAACCCCAUUUUGUGUUACUUUUUU